CGUCCUAGCGAUGCCCUCGGGACCCCCGUCCCCAGCUGGAUGAGACCCUUCCGGAGCGGGACCCGACCCUGCCACCCGCCAAGACUCCCACGGUGCCCUCCACGCCCCCCCCCCCAUGUCUGGCUGCCCAGGCAGGUUCUAGAAUGUCUGUGGCCCAGAUCCGAGUAGAAGACGCAGCCAGUGGGGAAGAAGGGCGGACGGGAACAGCCCCGCCUCCCGAUGACCACCUCCGGAGCCUGAAGGCCCUCACGGAGAAACUGAGGCUGGAGACCCGCAGGCCCUCCUACCUGGAGUGGCAGGCCAGGCUGGAGGAGCAGGCGUGGCCCUUGCCGAGGCCAGUGGCCAGGCAGCGGGGCCGUGUGGGAGAGGAGCCCUCUCUCCCCCCAAGAGCGCCCAGGGGGCACCCUCCACCUAACGGCUUGGCCAGCCAAGACGAUGGGGCCCCGCCCACUGGCAAGCUGGAGGGCUUUGAGAGCAUCGACGAAGCUAUAGCCUGGCUCAGGAAGGAACUGACGGAGAUGCGGCUUCAGGACCAGCAGCUGGCCCGGCAGCUCAUGCGCCUGCGCAGUGACAUCCACAAGCUGAAGAUCGAGCAGACCUGCGACCUCCACCGGCGGAUGCUCAACGACGCCACCUACGAGCUGGAGGAGCGGGACGAGCUGUCCGACCUCUUCUGCGACGCCCCGCUCGCCUCCUCCUUCAGUCUCUCCGCGCCACUCAAGCUCAUUGGGGUCACCAAGAUGAACAUCAACUCCCGCAGGUUUUCUCUGUGCUGA